AUGUCAGAGACGGGCCCUGGACCGAAACCUGGAUGGGAGAAUCUCUGGACGCAUGAUUCGCUACUAUGCAAAGCUGUGCAAGAGGUUUACCAUAGCGCUGCGCAAUUUUCUUGUUCAUAUGAUGACGAGGCUGAGGCAAUCAUCUUGGUCAAAGAGUUCCUUAAGGAUCAACUCACUGAGGCUGAGGUGGAUCGGGUUGGUAUCAGUCUUUGGCAAUGGACAUUGAGGCAGAAUGCGCGCGGUACUUAUCGUGCACGAGACGUAGCUGAAUCAAUCGUGUCAAGACCGUUGAAGAUACCACGUCCAGAGGUCUCUUCUUCUGAUGUCUUCGAGCAAUUGGUGGCUGGAUCUGCUAGAAUUUCGCUCGGGCAAGUUAUCAAAGCGGUGAAACUCUCCAAGGCGAGAGGAACCUCGAGGGAAGAGCUCGAGUCGAAGCAGAGGGAACGUUGGGCGUUGCAGCUUGUGGUGUACAUGCGCGAUGCUAAUCUUCCUUGUGUGGCACGUAUGGAAGCACUUGGUGAAACGAAAUCUGCAUGGAUUCGCAUGUUUGGCAGCCGUCGAGCAAAGACCCUGCGCAAUCGAGCACAGGCCUGGGGUCGUUUUAGACGAUGGUUGGAAGUCAGCUUCAACCUCUAUUGGCCUGGGUCCCCUGCGCAUCUUUUCAGAUACAUGGAAGAGCGGGCAGAAUGCAAGGUCAUGGGGAAAACUGUUCCGAACUGUCUGUUGUCUUCAGUUUCAUUGCUUGAGACACUGGGGCAGGUCCCCCCCGAGGACCGUCUCAGUCAAGACCCUAUGGUGCUGGAGACUUUCCGGUCAUGGACCAUGGAGCUGGAGGCUCAGGCGCCAGCAGUGCGUCCUGCCCCUAUGUUCACUGUUGCAAUCAUGCUUUCGCUGGAGAUGGCUGUUUGUAAGAGCACUGGACCGAUUGGCUUACGGUGGACUGCAUUCGUUUUGCUUCUGAUGAUCUGGGGGACGUUGAGAGCAGAUGAUGUUCAGAACAUUGAUCCAGAUACCCUGAAGUUUUCACAGAUUGGAAUGCGAUUUGUCAUGAAGAAGACCAAGACCAGUGGGCCAGGGCGAAAGGUUGGAGAAUUGCACGGGUUCAUCUCGAGAGUUGCAGGAUUGUCGGGAUUUGAUUGGAUGCUCGAAGGAUCCCGAUUGGCGUCAUCAGCGGAGCUGAGGUGGUCGAGGGAUUUUCUUUGUCCAAUUUUCACGGAAGAUUGGGAUCAUGGCAGUCGUGUUUACAUGGAUGGCGAAGGGCUGGCUAUUCAGUGCAGACGACUGCUCAAGUCGCUCACGGCACCGGUCCGAGGUAGUGGGAAUACUUGGGGCUUGAACAGGACGCGCUUGGUCCCCGAUCAGCUCGUGAUGUUUUGGUCGGGACAUAGCGCGCGACACACUCUUCCAAGUCUGGCAGCGGCCCUGGGAGUUGAGAAGGACCGCCGGGAUUUCUUGGGGCGUUGGGCGUAUGCGCAGCAUGGAUCACAGGAUUACAUCCUGACUAGUCGGCAGGUGGUACAGGCGAUUCAAAAUCAUGUUUCGAAAUGCCUCUUGCUGGGAAACGCAGACGGUGGAUACAUGGAAGAGGAGCUGCUUCAUACUAUCAAGACCUUUGCUGACGAUAAUGGCAUAAAUGGCGCUGCCGUGGUUCUGGGACAUGAGGUUUUGCUUUGGGAUGAUGAGAAGCAGUGGUGGUCUUUGAAUGGGAAAUUUCCUUGUAUGAAGGUGGGGCCUGAUCGCGUGGUCGCUUCAGCUGGUUCCAUGGAUGCAACACUCCCUGGACCGUAUUCGGCUGUGGAAGUCGAUGACAUGCCGGAGGCGCCAUACUUCAUUACAAUCUCACGUCGGGGAUUUCGUCGAUUGCACUUGAGCAAGAGCUGCGCGGUGCGGCAGGAGCGAUGUGCUGAGACGACUCCUGUUUUCGUCUUGAAGGAGGGGAUCGCCGACGCAGUUUGCAAACUCUGCCGGCCAAAGAUGGAUGCGUGCCCUGACUCUUCCAGCAGUGGUUCAGAGUUUACUGAGGAAGAGCCUCUGGGAGCAGCCGGUGAAGUGGUGCAAUCGGAUCGCGUUGCAAUGGCGGGGCCGCCGCCCGGACCGCCGGCUGCUCUCACGCUGCCGGCCGGCGUAUCGAACGAUGAUGCGCUGGACUACCUGGACAAGAACCUCACAUCUGAUCUACUUCAUAUCCUACAGGAGUGUGGAGUGCCCCUCGCUCUGCAGUACAAAUUGGGGAGUGAUUUCAAGAAUGUGAAGAGGUUUGCAGCAUAUGCGGAUUCACGGACCGGGGUGCGGGAGGCCCUAAAAACCGAUCAUACCCUGGAACCUGCAGAUCAAGUGACACGUGCGGCUGUUGCAUCAGUGGUUUCAGCAUGGGAGUCAUGCAAGGAGUACAGUUCGAAGGAAUCUGAGCUGCGUGCAGAGGCCAAAGUUCUUGGGAUCACGAGGCCGGUUACACAGACAGAACGUCAAGCCAUGCGUGCAUCUUUUGAAGCAACAUAUGGUAAAGUGGAGGAGAGCUUUGAGCCUUCAGACGACUAUGUUUCCACGAAGAUGGAGGAGAUCGAGAAUGGGGAGUUGUCAGCGUCGAGCCUUUCAGAAGUUACAAGCCGGAAGCAAGUGAAGACCAUGGGGUUACAAACUUCAGUGGACACUGGGGGUCAUGUGCGGAUCGUCAAGCAACGGGCUAAGGGGGUUAUGCCUCAGAACACUGAGGAGCUUCGUGCAGUGCUGCGUGUUGAGGGGACGGCUUUCUGUUACCUGGCUUCCAAGUAUCGCAACAAGGUGCUUUUCACAGGCAUGAAUCCUACGAUCUGGCUGGACUACGCGAACUAUCUGCUGGGGGAGAAAGUCUAUCGCAUGCAGAUCCCCACAGGCAACAAGGGAUCCGGCAAGCAGGAUCAAGUGACGCUUCGACCGCCAUGGACCGUCAUGCUGACAUAUGAGUACGAAUUACGCAAAGAAGCCAUCAAGCGUGCAGUUCGAGAAUCCAGAGAGCUACGAGUUACGCUCAAGGAGGUGUGCGAUGAUCCACAGCUGAAAGAGCAAUUCUUUACGGCACCCAUCGCUCUGGGAGGACAUCGGGCCAAGGGGGAUGGCUGGAAGGGCGAUGGUUGGAAGCGUCAAAAUGCUUAUCCCGAUUUUGGUGGCGAGCAGCCAUGGAAGUGGCAGAAAGGAGGCUCAUUUGCUUUGCAUACUCAACUUCUGGUUGCGACGGAUCAUGUGGCAUGGUUCACUGCUGCCAAGUUCGGAGUUGUUUCGGUGAUCACCCAACCUGGAAGCACUGGCAAGAGCAUUUCGCGAAGUCGGGUAAGCAGACCGUACUUCCUUGAACGCUGGUGUGAUGCGCAUGCCUUUGAAUUAAUCCUACGCGAGGUUGACGUGAAGCGUUCGCCUAAUGAUGAUUUAUCUCAGUCCUCACCCUGGGAGAAUAUCUUCUCGGAGCUCCGUGCGGGACAAUGGGACAUCUUGAUCUGCAGCCCGCCUUGCGGCACGUACUCUCGUGCCCGACACCGAUCUGUCGGGAACGGAUCAGGACCAGUUCCUCUUCGCAACUGCAUGCAUCCAUGGGGUUUUCCUUGGCUUUCCGAAUCGAAUGCAGCUCUGGUCAAGCUUGCCAACUACUUUGUCAAACAAUGUUUGGAGGCGAUCGGAUAUCAAUGUGCAGCGAACAGAUUUUACAUCUGGGAACAUCCCGAGGACUUGGGUGUCACCGAGACUGGGGAUGUCCCGGCAAGUAUUUGGCAACUUGCUGAAAUCCGAUCACUCGAAGGUUUUACUUGGGCGGUUCACCAAUGCGCCUUUGGCGCCUUGCAUCCCAAACCAACUCGCUUCUUGUCCAAUCUUCCACUGGCGGAACAGUGGUCCAAUGGCUGGCCCACCUUUGAUGCUGAUGGGCGCUACACUGGUCCUUUGACUUGGUGCAACCACGAUUGGCAUGAAUCAAUGAUGGGUUGGGACGUUUCCUCAGGCACGUGGCGCACCGCUGGUUCUGAAUGUUACCCACCUCUACUUUGUUCGCAUCUUGUUGAUUGCAUAACCUCUUCACAAAAACAGACCGAUCUUCCUGAAGCACCGGCCGAUGCUGAAACAUUGGCCCAGUCUCUCCUUCAUCGGAUGGAUGCCCUCGCACCCGAUGACUUGCAGCCUCUUGCUGAACUCCUGCCCCGGGAAGCUACUCACAAGGCUGCUGGGCAUCAAGGUGAAGGCGCUUUCUUCGCCGGGGCCUAUGCCAGGGGCGGUUUCGUGGGACUGCGAUCUUCAUGCCAUUCUUCCCCAUGUUCCAUCAAGGUUCUGACCGCAGCCCUUCGAGGCGCCUUUCCAGGACACUGCUUUUCUACGUUGGUUGUUUUCACUAAUACACUGACGGCACCUCACAAGGACGUGCACAAUGCUCCCUUUCCCAAUUUGCUUAUGUCACUUUCCAAGUUUACUGCUGGGCAAGUUUGGCGGGAAGAUUCCGAGGGCGAUGUCUAUCGCACAGUGGCCGGCCAGGCCCGACCUGGUCGCUUGUUGGACGUGGCGGCUGGACCCUGUUUGCUGGACGCCCACAAAUAUCUUCAUGCCACGGAACCCUGGCGCGGCUGCCGCAUCGUCCUCGUGGGGUUCAUGGUUCGCCACCUACUCCUUCUUUCACCUGAGCAAGUUGCCUUGCUGGCCGCGCUGGGCUUCGUCUUGCCCGAUGCAGACCGCGCACGCAUGGGGGAACACGCUCCUGCAUCGGUCAUGGUACAAAAGGCGUCUGGGGCAGCCGAGGCGAACCCCUCGACAAAAGCCAGUCAGGAAGUGAUCAUGGUGGAUUCGGGGGAUGAGCUUCCGGAAGAGACUGCAGACACUGAACUUCCUUUUGAUCCGCGUACAAGCCGGGCAUUUGGACAACCUUUGGUCUGUCGUCAUGAUACAGGCAAGCGAGUCUUCGUUGAUGGCUUCGGACUAUGCUCCCCGGGCCGUUGGCCCCCGGGCCAAAGGGGACAACUGAAUUCAUGGGAGGAGAGCUUGCAUGCUGAACGGAUGCAAAGGAUCUUGCGUAACUUCGUUUUGGCUGAGCUCCCUGACAUUCGGAAGUCUGCAUUCCUCUUGGCUGCCGGAAGGUUGGAAUCGAGUCCCUUCACACAAUCCGCCCUGGACAGACUACGUGGUGAGCUGGCGGGAACAUUGCCCGAUCCGGCCCUGGCGCUUCGGGUUCCUGACCGCCAGCCGUUCUUGUUGUACAUGCUAGCGCAAUCUCUGCGGAUCUUGGGAGACCCUGACUGGGAGAUUCUGAUUCAAGGAACGGAGUGCUUUGCAGAAGGCGUGCCAUUGGGUGACGAGGAGCCACUGCCCCGUACACCGCAGGUUUUUGCCCGUCGUGAAAAGUUCCGAAAACUGGAUGCAUCACCUUUUCAAGCGAUCAUGGACAACUACACGUCAGCAGAAUUGUCCUCUGAGCAACUUGAGGAGCAUUUUCGGGCUGAUGAGCAGAAGGGCCGCAUGCUGCCGACCACGGAGGGAGCAGUGGCUCAGGAGUAUGGUCCAGGGCGGCUUUUGGUGGCCGCCAUGGGUGCAGUGGAGAAACCCAAUGGUGACAUCAGGCCGCUGCACGACGGAACUCACGGCGUCAACUUGAACAAUCGUAUACGCAUCUUGGAUAAGUUGGAGACACCAGGACCUGAUGAGGUGUUAGAGAUGGUUUCCCUUGCGCGCGACUCGGGCGAAGCAGUGUUUGCCAUCUCUGCCGACAUAUCCCAAGCUCAUCGCCAGGUGAAGGUCAGGCGAAAGGAUUGGCCUAAAAUGGGAUGCCGUUCCAGUUCGACAUCGCGUACCGUAUGGCUCAAUACUGUCGGCACAUUUGGCAUCAGCUCCGCCGCCUACUGGUGGAGCCGGCUGUUCGGAUGCAUUGGGAGGUGGGUGCUACGCAUCUUGACCACGCUCUGGCAUAUGGAGGUGGUCUACGUGGAUGAUUUACACCUCGUGACCGCUGGAGACACAAAAUUCCUUGUGCUUUGGAUGGCUCUGGCGGCGUACGAGGCAAUCGGCACGCCAUUUGCCUACCACAAAUUCAAAGGUGGGAUCAAGGUUGAUUUCGUGGGAUAUCAUAUCGCAUAUGAUCAGUGGUCUGCAGGGCUCUCAUCCAAACGCACAAAGUGGAUAGUGGGCUGGAUCAACGAUCUUGAGGCUGCGAGUUGGAUGGUAGUGGGUCGUGCCAUGGUAGAGUUCACUGGCAGGAUGACUUUUGUUGGUAGACUGCUAUUGUGGCUAAAACCUUUCUUGGCUCCGCUGCAUUCCUGGUGUGCCGUACUGGCAAGGGGGACAACCGCACGCGUUCCCACGAUGGUUUAUCUCUCGCUCAUCUACAUCCGGAAGAAUCUUUUGCUGACACACCACUUGGUACCCGCUUUGCGGCAGGCCCCCUUUGUGACCCAGUCUUUUCGAACGGAUGCGAAGUGUGAGCGUGGACGUGUCGUGUUGGGUGGUUGGUCCCUUGCCAAAGGGAACGUGCCGGGCAAAGCAGAUUGGUUUUCUGUUGAAGUCACACCGACAAUGGCGCCUUGGUUGUUUAAGGAGGAUGGAGCAAGUGAAUGGGCGUCAGCCAGCGCGGAGUUGCUGGCUUCCUAUCUGGCCUUGUUUGCAUUUGGUCACCUUCAGGCUGCUGGAUGUCGCAAUGUCAUGUUGGCAACGAUCUAUGGUGGAACAGACAAUCGGUCGAACCCUCAGGCCGAAGCAAAAGGGUCAUCUACGAAGUGGCCGCUCAUGGGGCUGCUGAUGCAAAUGUCUGAGACACUCCUUCAUUCCAAUCUGCGUGUGAAGCUGCAGUGGAGGCCACGGGAAGAGAACACGGAGGCCGACGAUUUGACAAAUGGUGACUUCUCAAAAUUCGACAUGUCGUUGAGGAGGCUGGUUUCCUUUUCCGAUCUGAAGCUGGAUUUGUUUGAGGAAUUGAUGGCUUGCUACGAUGAGUACGAAGCAUCGAAGGUGGCCUUGAAAGAACGGAACCCAAUUCGGGAGAAGGCUUCGAAGAAACAGAAGCUGGCCGAGAAAACUCCGUGGUGA